AUGGGACGGACCAAAAAUAAAACACGGGAAAAGAGUAAAUAUCCAGUUACACCCCUGAGAGCGAUUGUGCGAAAAGUUCCAGCCGAAGAUAGAACGGUACCAAAAACCGAGUGCUGGGCAGAAAUCAAAUGGGCACAUGUGAAGGAGAUUUUCUCGCAAUAUCUCGAGAGCGAAAAUGCCCAAAUCAUCUUCCGUUUCGACCCAUGUCACUUAUUCACAGACAAACAAAUCCUUGCUGUCAUUACUGAAUAUCUCUAUCGACUCAACAAGACUGAAAAGCUUAACAGGAGCUUUUUGACGACUUCGAGAUUUCUUUCGCUGCUCUUCCUGGCGAUCGAGUACUUUGAUGAAGGCACCAACGGAGUCAUGAUCGAGCAGAUCGCCGAGAGAAAGUUCAAGAUCGGUCGAAAACACCUUCACCGAGCGAAAAGCGAGAUCUGGAGGAGUUUAGACUUCCGACUUGAUGUUUCGCCCGAAAAAAUCGACAAGAUUCUUGAUCAGAUGGGAACAAAUAAGGCCUUCAAUAGAGAGCGCGCCGUACAUCAUUCAGGAGUCAAAAGGCUCGAGGACGAUCAGCGAGCCUUCGACUUCUGGAUAGACAAUCCUCAGAAACGCUGCGCAGAUUGUAAGAGAAAGCAACAAACCGUUAAUGCCCACGAUUUAUUCAACAAUUCGGACAUUUACGAAGCUCGAAGCAAGGAUCAAUUCGGUUCAACCAAAAACAUGUGCGUCUGGAACAGCUCUGACUGA